AUGGUGCCAGGACUAACUCCGCUUCAGUUCGACGAUGGCCGCGAAAUCGAGCUGUUACACUUUGUCUAUGGCAGACCGGAUCUCGACGACACCAGAGACUCUCCAACAAAGGUGUUGGCGGCCAUUGACGAAUUCGCCCGUACCAAGAAGUACCUCAUGAAUGUUGGCGAGGACAAGGGCCGCAUUGUCACAGACUUGAUAGCCGAGGUCAAACCGCAGGUGAUGGUCGAGUUGGGAGGAUACGUGGGAUAUUCCUGUAUUUUAUUCGGAGACGCAGUUCGCAAGGCUGGCGGUAAGAGGUACUUCAGCCUCGAGCGGAAUCCGGAGUUUGCUGCCGUUAUUACUCUACUGGUCGACUUGGCUGGCUUAAGUGAUAUCGUCAAGGUGGUAGUCGGCUCCAGUGAUACUUCGAUCAAGCGGUUGCACUCUAAAGGAGUCCUGACCCAUAUUGAUUUGAUGUUCUUGGAUCACUACAAACCGGCCUACACGACAGACCUGAAGCUCUGUGAAGAACUGAAACUGGUCACGCCAGGAUCUGUCCUUGCCGCGGAUAACGUCAUCAAACCAGGUAACCCGCCCUAUCUGGAAUAUGUCCGGAGUACUGUGGAACAGAAAAAGCAUGCCAACAAGAUGAACGGGUCUGUCAACGGCGUGGACCAGCGUUUUUUGGACAGGACGGCAAAGCAGUAUAACAAGCGGGAAGGAGAUGCUAAGCUGGAUGAGACGAGAGUGGGCAAUCCAUUGUUGAUUUACGACAGUAAGCUUGUCAACAGCUUCGAACCAACCGGUGUACCAGAUGGCAUUGAAAUAUCCAGAUGCGUUGGCCUUGCAGAACCAUGA